AUGCCGUUACCAGAACAACUCCCUUCCUUCGACGAGCUCCCUAGUUUCCGCGACUUCACUGGUUGUGCUUGGGAAGUCUGGGGAAAAGAUGACCAACUGGGUACCAUUAACUUACUCACAGAGGAUGUAGUCAGGGAGGCAGCGAAGGAGAUUCGAUUAGGUAAAUCAGUGUGUUUGAAUUGGCCCGUCAACUUUCCGAACAAGCCGUUGUUUGGUCGCCAGCCUCCACAUGUGAAGAUGUGGAGCAAGGAGCCGGCGAUUAAUGAUGACGCAUUGCACAUUAACACACAAUCGGGCUCACAAUGGGACGGGCUCAGACAUUAUGGCCUUCUCGAGCACGGAAUUUUCUAUAAUAACACUCCGACAGAUUUCUUUCAAAGAGGCGACCUUGUCAUUCCCGAUUCAAGCGCUGUCGAUCCUCAGCUUAUCAAGUUCGGCAUUCAUAACUGGGCGCAGCAUGGCAUUUGUGGGCGCGGUGUGCUUUUAGAUCUUGUGCGCUAUUACACCACAUCAGGGGGGUCGCUGCCAUACGACCCAUGGACAACACACGCCAUCCCACCCAAGGAUCUGGAAGACUGCGCGAAGCAGCAGGGAGUGAGCUUCCGGCAGGGAGAUAUACUACUCCUCCGAGUAGGCUUCAUGCAGAGGUUCAACACUGCCACUCAAGAAGAGAGGGACAGCUUGAACGGGAAGCCAGAGACCCUUGCGGGUAUUGAACAGUCCGAGGAUAUGAAACGCUUCCUCUGGAACAACCACUUCGCCGCCAUAGCUUCUGAUCAACCAGCAAUAGAGCGCUGGCCUGCCCCGGGCCGCCGCACGCUUCACCAGACAAUCAUCUGUCUGUGGGGUAUGCCCAUUGGUGAAUUCUUCGACUUAGAAGCGUUGGCCAAUGUCUGUUCCGAGACCGGAAGAUAUACGUUCUUCUUCUCUUCCUGGCCUCUCAAUGUGCUUGGAGGUGUUGCCAGUCCUCCAAAUGCUGCUGCCUACCUCUAA